AGGCUGUAGGAAUUGCUGAUAUUGAAUUGAAUUUCUGUACAGGCUGCCGUUGAGGCAUCAUAUGGGAAAAAAGAAUCAGGCCAGAAACAGUCGUUCAUGUCCCUUAUUGAGUGCAAUGUGAUCAGGUAUGAAAUCUUCCUCGAUGAAAUCACGCCGGAUACCCUGAGUCUGGCCUUCUUGCGCGACUUCCUGUCUCUUCCCCAAAAUUUCAUCGAGGGGAAGGCAAAACUUCAAAAGUUCAUCAUCCGCUAUGGAACUCAUUUCAUCAAGUCAGCAAAGUUUGGUGGUUCCUUCAGGCUUUUUAAGACCCAACAGGCCUCCAAGAGUGAAAGUAUUGAGGAUUUUUCGAUCCAGGCCCAAGCUUCUUACAAUGGCCUUUUCGCCGUUUCCGGUCACAUGGGAAUGUCACAGUCUAGUGGAGCUUCAUCGUCUGACAAAACUUCCCGCACACAUGUGAAACUUGAAGGAGGCGACCAGAAAGUUGCCUCCAUCGUCGCUGACUUCUACUCGACCGGCUUCAAAGAAACUUUCACCGAGUGGCUGAAGUCCAUCCCCACCUACCCCAAACCCGUCGAGAUGUUCAUGGGCACCAUGUCAGAACUGCUGGACAUGAACUACAAACUCCUCUUCCCCUUCGAAAUCGGAGAUGCUGCAGACGGAUGCUUCAGUGAAAACCUCAGGACCGAGGAAGGCACUGGAAGGAAGUAUUACGAGGUUGCCACGCUGGUCAACAACACCCAAGGAGUGAUGACUCCUGUAAAUGAGAAAAGGUACUGUGACGUUACAUCUGUUGACAAGUUUGGAGAAGCAAUGGACCAGAAACGACUCGCACUGGAAAGGGCAAUAGUUGUUUACAUGGAAGAGGGACCAGUCCCCACUACCGAUUUCCGCCUGGAGGGGGGCAAACCUGGAUGCACAUCCCAAGCCUUAAAAGUGAAGGGGGGCACUAGUGGAGCUACCUUCCCCACAUGGCUGGAACUCAUCAAUGGAGAAACUUACAAGGUCAUCUUUGAUCUUCCUGAAGGAAUCAGCUACGACAUUACGAAGAACACAGAGGCCUUAAUAGUUUUUUCGCGAAAUAGAUGGAACUGUCACGCGCCUGGGACCGAACUCCACAUGUACAACAGCUUUAAAAAUGGUGGGAGUGGAGACACCAACAGCAAAAAGGUCUCCUGCUUUGGCUUUGUAAUGACGUAUCUGGAAGAAAGUGGAACGUUUGUUGUCACACCUCCAGACCAUGAAGCUUCCAGUCGGAUUUUCAGGGAUUUGCCUCGCAGCUACAUCAACUCAAAUGUUGCCAGAGCGGAAUAUGUCAGCCCGCUAGAGCACGCCAAGGCAAAAGGUAAUGCAUUAGCCAGUAUAGUUGAGGCACCCUGUAGUGUAAAAUGGUCCAACUCGUACCAAAUCAAACCCGCGGAGGAGGGAGAGAGGUGCCUGUACUUCGUUGCGGCGUCAAAGGGAGACAUUUUUGUCGUGUUCUCUGCCAUUCCGAGGGACAUGACCACCUGGUAUCAUCUGCAGAUCAGUUUUCAAGGCGUCGCACUCUACAAGGGAAUGAAGUUGGUAAAAUACGAAGGAGCAAAAAGUGCCCGAAGUCUCGGUGACUCCAAACUAUUCCAGCCUUACUUCAUUUGCCUGCAAGAAGACAUGGAGAACAUGAGAACCUACAUCAAAUAUGGCAUUGGUUCAGACACUUCCGAGAAAGGGUUAGUCUACAUGGUCUACACAGAUGCGAGUCCACCACUAGGCAUUCGUUUCUACUCCUUCGGCAGCGGGGAAGAGAGUGUAGAGAUCAUGGACGCCCGUGUCAUCGAGGGAGGGACAACAGAGAUGGAAUGUACAGGGGGAACUAUUAUGCAGGACGGCAUGUGUGUGGAGGACUGCCACCCAGAAUGUGAAGGAUGUAUCCCAAUGUCCCCUGGAUCGAAGCUCGACACAGAAUGCCGAGCUUGUAAGCACUUGUUCGUCCCCUUGGAAAGUGGCAGUACCCGAUGCGUUGCAGAGUGCCCUGAAGGCACGGCAUUAGCCUCCGAUGGCAGGACUUGCGGAACUAAGUGGAGAGCUGACGGUAAAUGCGGACCAAGUUUCCCGGCACCACUAGCCACCCCCGGCCAGUGUAACAAGGACAGCCAUCAACCCUGUUGUUCCGGUGCCGGAGAAUGUGGGGACACGGCCGAUCACUGCAACUGUGAUGACUGCGUGGACUAUCGAUGUGUGGGGUGUGCAUGGCUGAGAGGGAGUUCGACAUGGGUUGAGGGAUUCUCCGGCACAUCUUAUGCCGCCAAUGGAGUGACCUAUGAUCCCGCAAAAGCCUUGGAUGGGAACACAGCGACAAACUGGAAUCCCGUAGGUAAGGACCGAUACUACAACGACUGGUAUAUCGUACUGGACCUCGAAGCGGCCCACAAACUGACCCGCAUCGCAGUCAACAACUACGGAGACACCGAACAUGACGUUACAGCCUUCACCUUGCAAAAGUCGCUUUCUGGGAGUCCGUACAACUGGGAGGACGUCGUGGCCGUUACUGACGCGCGGGUCGGGACUAACCAGCGCCAGGAAUUUGACGGAUUCGAGGGAACGGCUCGGUAUUGGAAAUUUACUGUCAAGCGAACCUCCUCAGGCUGGCAGCCGUGGCUACGAGAUGUGAACUUCUACGGAAUCUCAACAGAGGUGAAUGUCGCGGUAGGGAAGACAGCGGACCAGAGCAGUGGCCGGGAUGGUGGAGGUUCUGCAGACCGCGCCGUCGACGGGAACACCGAUGGAAACUGGGGAGGGGGUUCAUGCACUCACACCGAAGACGAAGUUGGCGCCACUUGGUGGGUGGAUCUUGCCAAAUCGGAAACGAUUCAAAGGGUGGUCCUCUGGAAUCGCCGGGACUGUUGUGGGGAUCGACUCAACCCCUUCAACAUCUACAUCGGGGAUUCCGACCAGAUCACCACGAACCCCAAGUGUGGCGGAGACCAUCGCAUCGACCUGAGUAAGCCGUCCGUUACCGUCCCGUGUGAAGGGAUGCAGGGACGGUAUGUGGGCAUUCGUCUUGUAGGUGGGUGGUCCCGACCUUUGACCCUGUGCGAGGUCCAAGUAUUUGCUACUAGGUCCGAUACAUCAGAUUGACAUGUUUAGGACAUUAUGUGUGUGUCUUAGAUGCCGAUUUUACUUAACCUGGCCAUAGGUGAUGCUUGCUCAAACCCACAUUACACACAUUGUUGCGUGUAGUCACGAAAAUAACGCCCAUCUGACUUGCAAUUGAUAACAUGGCAGCCACCUGUUUUUGCUUAUAUUCAGAAAAGAAAAAUCUUAUUGUGACACCCGCAACCCAAAUGUAUAGGAACAGAUUUGCGACAAUAACAUAUUCGCAGGAAUGAUUAUGUAGUCAUAAAUAGGUAGAAAUGGAUAGAAAACGACUAAAAGCUGCAAUUAGUGAUUAACACGUUAAAACUAAACAAAUCAUCUGAGGCUGUCUAACAACGCCAAUGAAUACAGACAAACCCUACAAACCUGCCUUGUCUGCACCUUAAACAAUGAAGUCUCUUUUCGAAUUCUAAUUAACGAACCGCAAUGUACUGCCAUAAAGUGUUAUUACCGUCAAAUUGCGUUCAUUUGAUGCAAUAAGAUGUCUUGAGAUAUUUGAGGUUGUGCUAGAAAAUAGACUAAUCUUCAAUUCUAUAGAACGGCAUCAUUAAAACAACUUUUACCUAGACUAAGAUGCAAGAUGUUGGCACAUACACAUUUAGACAUGCACAUAUUUCUUAUGAUCACAUAUAACCGAGCGAUCACUUCAGAAACUAUUGUAGUUUUAUUGUUUCUGUACCCUGUAUCUUAUACAUUGAUACAGUGUCACAGUGCCCCGCUAUCUGAUGAUAGAUGCUAAGUAUAUUCGGUGACCCGAUGGGAGCGCUUUGCGCUUGAGUUUAGCAUGUCAUUCCAGAAAAUAGAAGAAAGAAAUGGUGAAAUAGUGAUUCUGAAGUUGAAAUAGAAGCUACGCUGAUGCGUCUUUUACAGUUUCCCCACACUAGUAUAUUGUAAUGUACGAUGCUAAUACACAUCCCUUUAGAUUUUUUGAACAUGUAAUCUAUUAAAACCAUAUAU